CGACUCUUUUUGGAAUCGACUCCCAGGCUGAAACGGUGUGCCAGCUGAGGACAGAAAGAAUGCGCUGAAACCGCAGAGUGGACAUGAACCAGUGUCUCCAUGAUGAGUCAAACUGAGCAGAUGGAGAUGGCAGGGCCGAGCAGCAGCUGCAGCUCGCGAAUGAUGAAGAGGAAGGCAUGGGGAGGCCUGCGGCAGCGCUGGAAACUCCUAGGUGUGUUUGAAAUCGACCAGCAGCACGAGUUCUACCUGCUCACCUGCAUGAUGAAGGAGGGACUGGCGGCAGCUGUGCAGAACACCAUCGACAACCCAAUACCUAACGAACUCUCUGAAGAUGAUUAUCAACUCGAGGUGACACAAGUCCAUAAGGACUUUAGGAUGGAGACGUUCGCAGGGCCGGUGUUUGCCAGCCUGCGGCGCUCUCUGGGGAUGAUGGAGAAAGAGUAUCAGCAUUCUCUGUCCUCUGAAGGCUGCUACCUGCAGUUCAUCAGCAAUUCAAAGAGCAAAGCUAAUUUCUUCCUAACACACGAUAAAAGAUUCUUCCUGAAGACACAGAGCAGAAGGGAAAUUCGAUUCCUCCUCUCUCACCUUAAGGGUUACAUGGAACAUCUGGAGAAGUAUCCCCACUCUCUCUUGGUUAAGUUUUUAGGUGUUCAUAGCAUCAAGAUCGGCCAUCGGAGGAAGUAUUUUAUAGUGAUGCAAAGUGUCUUCUAUCCUGAUGAAAGAAUAUGUGACAGAUAUGAUAUCAAGGGCUGUGAAGUGAGCCGGUGGACGGACCCAGCACCCGAGGGGAGUCAGGUCAUCGUUGUUCUCAAGGAUCUCAAUUUUGAGGGAAACUUUAUUACAUUAGACCAACAACGGCCCUGGCUGUUACGUCAGGUGCAAAUCGACACGUCUUUCCUCCGGACCCUGAAUGUACUGGACUACAGCCUCCUGGUCGCUCAUCAGCCCCUGCAUCAGGACGAGCGCCACCCCAGCUUGUCCUUCGCCACCCUCAUCAUGCGUACCAAGAAAUCCCUCACUUUGCUCUCUACAAGGCCAGUGGCAGGCAGGUCAGUAAACACAUGCUCCAGUGCUGCUGUCCCAGGGGUGGUGCCUGAGGACGACUCAACCAUCCAAGCCACAGAACUGGAUUCGGAGUCGUCUCUGCGUGGCAGAUUCACAGAGACGUCUCAGGCUGAAUUUGGAGAACAGAACGAGGGCGCUUCUAAGGCUGGAUCAGAAUCGGCUGAACUGCUGGAGUUUCAGACGCAGAACCGAAGGCUGCUGCCUAACUUCAAAAACCCGAUUCACGUAAUAGACGGGCCAGAACAGCGCUAUUUCGUCGGCAUCAUUGACAUCUUCACUGUUUAUGGCUUCAAGAAGAGGCUUGAGCACCUGUGGAAGAGCCUGAGGCAUCCUGGACAAAGUUUUUCCACUGUCAGCCCCUCUGCUUACUGUCUGAGGCUGUGCCAAUGGGUACAGGACCAUACCAAGUAGACUGUGAUUUUGGGGGACAAUAAGCUGGUGCUGAAAACACGCUGUAGUAAAUAAGAGUUUCAGCCUGCAUGUAGCCACAAUGCAAACAUACGAGCAUACUGCUAAGGGUUUUUGUUAAAGAGAACAGGAUUACACUACAAGCACUACAAUACCCUGACAAAAAUACUUGAAUAGUCCAAGUGUCAGUUCUAUGAUUAUAGUGAAGUUGGAAUUUAAUUUGUUAAAAGGUUUUCAUCAUAAAAUUCUUUAAAAGUGCUUUAAAAUGUCAUUCAUAAAAGUUGAAUACAGAGUGUGAUUUGCGGUUCAGAAGAUCGUAUAGAAAUGUUAAAAAAAACAGGACUGAUCUGUGAAAGUAUUCCUUUUUGUGCUAACAUUGUGGCUACAUCCGGAUUUAUAAUGUUUGGAAAAAAGAGGAAUGAGGAAUAAUUUUUUUGUUAAAUUCCACACAAAAAUCCAAAGAGACGAUGAUGACGCAUCCAGCUGCAGCAUCCAUUUUCCAAAGCCAUGCAAAUGAGAAUACUUUAUAUAUAUAUAUAUA